AUGAACGGGAGCAACCGGCCCCAUGACAGUUUUGGGAAAGAUACCCUACUAUCAGUCGCCAAAGUAGGCGCGCUGAGCGGCGCUGCCGGGUUGAUCUAUGGAGGGGCAUCGGGAGUUAUUCGAUCACCAAACCCUGUAAUCCAUUCAAUAUCUUGUGGUAUCCAUUGGUUUGCAUGUGGUUCAACAUAUUGGUGGAUGCGGAGCAAUAUCCUUAAAAUUCAUUUCAAGGAUCAGGCUUCCCCGCAAGAACGCACUUAUGUGAGCGCAUUCUGCGGUGGAAUCUCCGGCGGAGUCGUCACUCGAUUGAUGGGAGGUCGACUUAUUCCUGGUCUUGUUAUCUUUUCUCUACUCGGGUUUGCUGGUCAAAGUGCCUUUAAUAGAGUUGAUGCAUGGCAAGUCCAAAGGGCCCAGAACCCUUCCAAACCACUUGCAGUGCGCCUAGCGGAAUCUAAAUGGGUUCCCCUUCGGCAUCUAUCCGAUGAAGAGUAUCGUGGAAUGCUGGGCGAGAAACUCCUCAGUCUAGAAGCUGAGAUUGCCCUUCUGGAUGAGAAGAUUGAGGGACUCGAAAAGACUCGACCAGUGACAAGUCCCAUUCCCGAGUCAUCAUCCUAA